UGUAGCCGGUUGUUGCUAUCAACCUUAAUUAUUUACGGGUGGUCAUAUAGGCAGAUCAACGAAACAUAUGUUACCUCCACUAAAGUUACGUCCCUAUUAGGUCACUAAUAUCUUCAUGAACUGAUGUGAUUUCUGGUCUGGUUGCUAUUUGCACUAUCAGGUUCUCCUGUAUUACUUUAGGUCAUGUUAGUCAACGCGAAUCUGGCGUUCCAAAAUGCUCACAGACAAACGUUUGUAAACUCUGAAUUUUUAAACCUCAAUAAUCAAUGUACUGACCAAUUAUAUAUAUCAACAUGCAACCAACAUAUUUAGAACCUUUGGGUUCGGUUAAUUUCUCAAAAUUCAAGACCGAUAUAUCGUUAAAGAAUACAACGCAAAUCGUCUUCAGUUCAUCUUCAGCAACUGUAUGCCUAUACGAUAUACACAAACUUGAAUGCUUUCGUGACAGUCCAAAUUGGUCACAUCAAUUUACAUGGAUACCUGUUUUAGAUUUAAAAUAUUUAUUGGAUAAUGUAUUAGAAUCUCCUGAUGAUUUGUUUAAUUGGCAUAUUUGUAAAGUUAUGUUUGUGAAUACUUCAACUACGGCAAGGCAAUCUUUAGCAGCAAUUCUUGUAAAUACCAAUCAGAAUCGUUCACUUGUCUGUUUCUUUCGUUCAUUGAGUACAGCAAAAUGUAACAUAAUUAUUUUAAUAAAUGGAGCAAUAACCUCACUAGAGUGGUUGCCUCUUAUCGAUAUAGGAUGUAAGUCAUCGGAAUCGCACUCAAUGAACUCUACUAUGGAUAUCACGGAUCAAGAUACUUCCAAGGGAACAAACAAAACUUUGAGCUCUGUUUUAUCAAUUUUUGAUGGUUGUUUCGCUCUCGGCUUUCAGCAAGGACUUGUGGGUUUACUGGAUAUGUGUUUAACACACACUCGUGAUGAUCUAUCAAAUGAUCAGCCUGAAACAUCGAUAGCAGUUGAAAGAUCACAUUGUUUACAUUGUUUUUCUUGUAAACAGCCAAUAUCUCAACUAUCUGAUGAUAAUGUAGAACAUUCACUAGUAUAUCUUGAUGCCUCAGUUCUUCGAUGGAAUGAUUUCACAUAUAAAUCUGUCAGUGGUAAAACAUUAUCUUCAAUCCCAUCAGCUGGUGUCUACGUGUCAGCCUUAAGUUAUAUUCCGCAACUUCAAGGUCUUGCUGUUGGCUUCAGUUUCGGUGGUUGGCAAUUAUGGUCAUUGGAUCGACUUAAUAUGGAAUUUUGUUUGCGACAAGCUACUCCAGCUACUCCUGUGGUUAGUUUCAACUUUCUGGAACCUUCAGAUGACCCACGAUUUUGUUGUUUUAUUUGGGUUGGUUGGCAGUCAAAACAAGAGACUGAAAGCGAUGGUGUAUUUAAAUUUACUGGAAAACAGAAUUCCAUGGGAAACUUUCAAAGUCCAACAGUGAAAUUAUUUCAGUUAUCCUAUAGACGUCGUUAUGAAUUAUUUUCAAAUAAACAUAAAGAAUUCAAUUUCUAUUAUCAGGACUUAAUCGGUAUUGCAGAACGUUUAUCAACAACUUUAUCUGGUGAUAAAAUUGAUGAUAAUAAACCUCAAUAUACAUCUAGAUUACUUUCUGUUCAAUCACUUCAUGCACCGGGUGAUUUCAUUAUGGAUAAUAAUAAUAAUAAUCAUCAUCCCAACCAUACUACUAAUAAUACUACUAUCAUUAAUCAUUCUGUAGGAAUGAUACGUUUAAUUGCUUUUAUAUGGAAAUUUUCUGAAUCUAUUAUUCGUAUUGGUCUAUUUGAUUUGGAUCGAUGGUAUCAUGCCCAAAUGCCAACUUAUAUCAGAUCUGAUGACACGUUUGUCUCUAUUUUUGAUGCAUUAAUUCCAAAUAAAAAAGUACAGUUAUUGCACACCUAUCUAAUUGAAUCAAGUUUAAUGUCAUUUUGGAGUCGUAUUGUUCAACGUGAAUCAAAUUUAAUUAAAUCUUGUCAAUCAUAUCCUAUUCAAUUCAAACCUAAUCAUAUUAAUCAUUAUCAUUAUAAAAGAUUACGUCCUAUUCCUGAAGUAUUUCUACGUCCAUCUUCAUUAUCAUUUCAUUGUCUUUUAUUUUGGACGAAUGAUACAUCUAAUCAUAAUAAUGUAUUAAACUUUUCUAUCACUCAACUAAAUCGUCAUCGUACUACUACUCCUAUACAUCAAUAUUAUGAUUGUGUUUAUCAUCUUAGUCGGAUUAUGUUUGUUUCAUGCCAAGAAGAAUGUAUUAUAGAAUUGAAUAAGUUUACCCAGAAAUCAUCAUCAUCCAUGUCAUUCUUGAAUGUAGAUCAAAGUCCUUACAAUAAAAAAUUUAAUCUUAUUCAAUGGUUAUCUAAUGCAUGGAAAUAUGGUUUACUUGAAUCACCAGGAUUAGAUCAAUUAGAUGAUGAAGAAUUUAUAAAUUUAUUAAAUUAUACACAAAAUACUACUUUAAUAAGUAGUAAUCAUAAUUAUACUAUUGAUAAUAAUGAUUAUGGUAUUCAUUUAACAAUUGGUGAUUAUUAUGAACAAUCAAUGAUUGAUAGUUUAAAUAAAUUAUUAUGUAAUUUAACAACAGAACAAUUAACUAAUCAUCCAUUGAAUAUGAAUCAUACCCAUGUGGUUGACGAUGAUGUUGAUGAUGAUGGCGAUGACGACGAUUACAUUUCAUCAAAAUGUCAUUCUAAAUAUCGUCGAAUUGAUCAAUCCAUGAAUGUACAUAAUACAAGAAUAAGAAAAGUAAAAAAGAAAUAUCAAUAUUCUUUACAUCCUUGUUGGGUAUUAUUAGCUAAUUGUUGUUUAGAACAUGGUUGUAUUAAUGUAUUAAAGAAUUUAGAUAAUUUAUCUCCACCUGGACAAGAUUCUCCAGUCAAUCUAAAUUUCAAAUAUAGUUGGAUAUGGCUACGAUUUUGUAGAUUGAAAUCUCGUUUUGACAAAUUGACAAGUGUACUAUUUAUGCCAAAGUCAUCCGAUGAAGCGGAAUCAGUUUUAUCGAAUUCAACGGAUCAUGGUCAUUCAAGAAUACCCGAUCUUUUAGAAUUGGGCUGUACGAUUAAUCAAAUUGAAUUAUUGGCAACUUUAUCAAAACAUUGGUUCAUUGGGAAGAAUUACAAUUCCACGACUACCACUAAUAGUCCUAGACUUCAUUUGUCAACUUCAAGACAACAUCCAAUAGAAUCCAGUAUCAAAACAUAUUUAUCUUAUGCAAAACUUGUAGUUUUUCUAUUUCGUUUAGGUUUAUUACCACAAGUAGAUGAAAGAUUGAAUGACAAUAAAUUCUCUACAGAUUCAUCCUAUCGAAUUAAUAGUACAGUUCUUUUACCAUACAAUUCAUCAAUGCUAACUGAAACAAUUUCUGAAUUACGAUGUACACGUCACCAUCCUGUCGACCUAGAUAUAAAUAACAACAAUAAUAAUAAUGACUGUAACACUAAUCGACUAACAUCUCUUAGUGAACACAUUCUCUAUGCUUCACUUCAAGCACCGUCGAAGCAUUUCAAUAAUAGUAAUUGUACAAAUGACAAUUCCUUGACUAAUAAUGAAGUCUAUGAUAUCUGGAAGGAACAAGAACACUUAACAUCAUCAUCAUCAGCCACAUACAAACCAAUCAACUUAUCUCAUCAUUCUAAUCAAGUUCAAUCUUCAUUGAAUAGUAAUGAAUUACCAGAAUGGUUAAAUUAUCCCCCAAAAAAUUUACAAUCCUUAUGUGCUUUAUGGCAAUUACCAUAUAAUCGACAAAUUAAAAAAUCACGAUUAAUUUUACUUGGAUUUAUAUUAUGUGAUUCAGCAGCUGAAACAUUGCUUCAUUCAAAUGAUGAGGAAUAUUUAAAUGAUCCUUUGGAUCAAGAUCAUACUGAUAUUAGUAAUAAUAAUAAUAAUGAUAAUGAUCUUGUCAAUAGUAAUGGAAAGGUUCAAACUACUCAAAUGAUUGAUCAUAUCAAGUCUACGAAUUCUAGUAGUUUACGUGCAUUACAAUUGUGUCGUUAUGUAAUGUCAUUAUUUAUCAAAGAAUUCCCUACGGUUUAUUCACUUGUUCCUACAAUUAUAUCACUUUGGCUUAUGGAUCGGGGUUAUUUUCAAGAGUCCAUAUCUUCUGAUAUCAUAUCUUUCAUUAUGAACUCUUCUGAAAUACCAUCAUCCUAUCAAAUUCAUAGUGAUAUUUUUCCAAAUCAAAUUCAUUUCAUCAUACAUUUAUUCAAUAUGUAUGGUCAAGGAGAUUUAAUUCAUGACCUAUUGAAACAUUUAACCAAUAACAGCAGUUCCUCGUCAUUGAAUUACAAUCCAAACAACUUGAAAGUAUCAUCAUCUUUUCGACAAUUCUUCAAUAAGACUAGUACUACUACUCCUACUCCUCCUAAUUCUAUCACUAUGAAUCAUAAUAAUAAUAAUGAUCAUAAAUUCAAUAUGAAACCUAUUGGUGCACCAUAUUUAGCUUUAUCAAAAUUACGUAAUUUAAUUUAUAAAAUGAAUCGAUUACAUAAUCAAACACCUUUACCAAUGAAAGUAUUAAAUUCUAUUGAUAAAUUAGCUCGUAAUUCUUUUAUUCAAUUAACUGAAAUAUGUAGACAAGCUGGUCGUUUAAGUGAUUUAAUUAGUUUAGGUUUAAAUAGUUGGGAAGCAAAAGUGUUAUUUGAAUAUUAUGAAAAAACUGGACAACAGAAUUUAUUAUUUCAUUGUUUAAUUGCACGUUCACAUUAUCAGACUGCUAUGGAUAUAUUGAAUAAUAAUAAUAAUAAUUCUACGAACCCUAUUAAUUCUACUAUCCAUACCCUUGAUAAUGAUAAUAAUGAUCAACGAUUCCAAGUUGAACUAAUGAAACAAUUAAUACAUUCAUGUUUACCAUUAUUAAAUUUAAAUGAAUUAAAUCAUAAAUCUGCUCCAUUAGAUCAUUUUAAAGCAUUAGCUAAUGAAUAUGUCAAUCUAGAUGAUUAUCAAACCAAUUCUGAAUCAUCUUCAUUCAUUCAUCAUCAUCAUCAUGUGGAUGAUGACGAUAAUGAUCAGCAUCAUCUAUUCACCCAGUCACAAUCAUCAUUACCAUCACAAAUGGAUCAUAGAGAUUUUAUUACUUAUAAACAAACUACACCAUUAAUCUAUCCAUUAACAGAUUUAAAGAAGCCGAAACAACCGACACCUUCCUCUUUAUCAUCCUUAUCAUUAUCAAAUAAGUAUCCAUUGAAUUCUCAUAUUGGUAAUCAAUAUUUCUAUGAUAAUAUGGAUGAUAAUAAUGAUAAUAAUAAUAAUAAUAAUAAUAAUAAUAAUGAUCAUAAUAUAGAAAAUGAAAUGAUUAGAAAUAAUCGUAUUCACAAAUCAAAUUCAUGGUUAUUAACUACCAAUAAAAAAAGUCGACAAGAAUUUUGGAAUACAUUCAAAGAAUUACAAGAUCUUCAUGAAAGCUGUGGAUUAAAUUCAAAUAUUUGGUUAAAUGAUAGUCGUUGUCGUCUAAUGGAUUAUACUACUACUACUAAUAAUAAUAAUAAUACUAUUACUACUAAUUCAACAGUAACAACACCAACACAACCAGUUAAUUUAAAUGAAUCACGAUUGAAAUUAAAUAGAAAACGUGAAUACCCUUUAAAAGAUGAUGAUCUUGACAAGUACUUGUUUAAAUGCAUCUAUACACCACCAACUUGUAGACGUAAACAAAGUCAAUCAAAUACAAUAACCAAUCGUUUAAUUCCAUCAUCUAAUUCAUUAUUCAACAAUUCAAUAUCAAGUAGUCCAUUUAAUCAAAAACCAAUUUCUAUAUUAAAGACUAAAAUCUGUUCAUCGAAUAAAGAAAUUUCCGCUUCAACAAUAGCUGAUUCUAUGAAGACGACGAUUACAACAACAACAGCAGCAGCAAUGAUCGUUUCAUCAUCGUCAUCUUCAUUAUUCUCCACUUCUUUGAAUCCUAUCAUAUCAUCUUCUACAUCAAUAUCAUCUUUACCAUAUUCAACAUUGACAACGAAUGUUGUAACAAGUUGUAGUAAUAUAAAGGAUUCAUCAUAUCUAAUGAAAGAAAAUAAUCUAUUAAAAAAUGAAUUAAAUAUGAAUAAAAAUACUACUCAUGAAGAAAUCAAUAGUAAUAUGUAUGAUAAUAAUGAUAAUGAUGAUUGUAAUGUUGAUGAGAAUGAUGAUUGUGAUGUCACUUUAAAUUUAUCAACUGUUCGUCCAAGUAUUGUUAAUAUGGAGAAAUUUCAACAUAAUAAAUUAUUACAGGAUAAUGUAAAUAAUAAAUGUAAUGAAUUUACUUUCUCUGCUCCUCGUCGUAUCUCUUUAACAUCAUCCAAUACAACAAUCAUUAAUAAAUCUAUGGAAAAGAAUGAAUUUCUAUUUUCAGCACCAUUAGUAAAUAAGUCGGCUAUUAAACCAAAUCAAUCCAUAGAGAAUGAUAUUGAUAAAGUUACAGUAUUGCCAAUCUCAAUAAAUGAAUCAAAUCAAUGCUCUUAUACUACUAUUAACAAUAAUAAUGAUAAUUCCUAUGGAAAUACUUCAAAUUCUGAUCAAUUGAUGAACACAUCUAAAACAUAUUUGAUGAAUCUUGACAAUACAACUUCUCUAACCAACGCUCCAAUUUUCACACCUCCAAAAUUACAAAAUCCAACGCUUAUUUUAGACCAAAUUCAUACUAAAGAAACUAUCCAUGAUCAGUUAACCAAUAAUGAUAUUGAUAAUAAAGAAGAUAUCACUCCAAGAAUUGCGGUAAAAUCACGAAAAAAACGUGAUCACCAGCCUCAUCAUAAAACUUCUACUCAUUCUUCACAAUUAACAACAGAAUCUAUUUUUGAUCAUUUAAAUCAUCUUCAUCAAGAACAAAAUCAUUAUCCUAUUUAUCAAUCAAUUGAUAUGGAUGAUUUUGAUGAUACAUCAUCUGUAACAAGUUCUAUGACUGAUUCAUCAGAAACUGUACGUCGAUCAACUAGACGUGUUAGACCACCGAAACGUUAUGAUUCUUCAGCGGUUUAGUAAUCAUACUAUGAAUCUGUUUUUGAAAUUUGUUUCGACAAUUUUGUUUUUCUGUGAAUCUUUGUAAAAAAAAAAAGGUGUCUUUGUGAAGUUUUGUUUGAACGGUUCAACUUUGAAUAUCUAUACAUAUUGAUUAUUUGUGUUACCUAUAUAUUUAUGUAGUCCCUAUGAAUUGAAACAUGUAAAUGGGGUUAGAAGUGUACUGUGCAUUUGUUGUACAGCGUUUUUUUUUGUUUGUUUUAAAUAAAACAAAUUCAGUCUUAG